AUGUUUGAUAGUAUUUACAAAAUAAAUUUAUAUAAAUCUAAAAUUAAUCCAUCAAAUUACUUAGAAAUUUUUACUGAGAGCUUGGAAAGCGUAAUUUCUUUAGAUCUUAUUAAUUUAACAAUAGAAUUUUUAGUAAAUGAAGCAAAUUUGGUGUCUAUUGAUAAAUUUUUACUUAUAUGCUUAAAUAAGCUAACAACUAAUAUUAGAUUUCAGCACAUAUUUGUAAAGUCAAAAUACCAAGAUAUUUUAAAGCAUCCCAUCUCAUACAACAUUUUUAACAAAUUUCAGCAAAUAAUUGAAAUUACUGAAAAACAGAUUGCAAUAAGGUCUGAUAAUUUCUAUAAUUAUAUAUUAUAUAAGAAAUACAGCAAUGAUCACAAAAAUGAUUUAUUUUUUGAUAAAGAAAAUUUAAGUAUGCUGGAUAUGAACAUAUAUAAAAAUUAUUUAGAAUAUGUUUAUGAAUAUAAUUCUACUGACAAUAAGUUUGUUUCUCAUGCAAACAAAUUAAAUGCUUGCAUAAAUAAAAAAAAUAUAAAAGAAAAUUAUUCUUGCAUAAAUAAUGAUUCUCUUAAAACUCUACUUAUAGCCAUUAAUACCAAUACAGAUGAGGACAAAUACAGCAAUUUGGAAUAUUAUGAUUUUAAUAACAAUAUUGAAUAUGAAGAAACCUUAAUCAGUUUUGUUAAAUCUUUACUUAACAAAGAUAUUUAUUCUUUAAAGAAAGUAUAUAAUAUUUAUGAAAUUAUUCAACCAACAAAAAAAUUGUUAUUUGCUUAUUUUGCUUUUCUUUAUUUAACAUAUUCAAAAUACACAAAUAAGUAUAUUAAAGACACUAUACUUAAUAUAGUAUCUUUUAAAGAUUUUUCAAGCAUUUCACAAAUGAUUUUAGAAUUUUACAUAGGUCACGUUACGCCACACAAUGAUUUGGAUUCUUAUUUUGCACCCUUGUCAGAAUUCAUUGAUUUCAAUUACUGCUCUCAUAUUCACUUGAUAUAUCCUUUACUAUACUACAAAUAUAACAUAGUUAUAGAUAAAUAUAAUCAUUACAUUAAAGCACAUUCAAUAAUCAGUGGAACGGAAAAAUGUAACGAUAUAAAGUUAAACGUUAAGGAAAUUUCAAUGUGUUUACUAUAUGGCUAUUUUGAUUUUAAAAAAUCUAAAAUGCUAAUAAAAAACAAUAUAACAAGUAUCUUAAAUAUUAUUAGGCAAGAAUAUAUCAAUAACAAUGUUAAUUCCUGUAUUUUUGAAAUACUAAAAUACCUUUCUAAUAAUUUAGAAGUAAAAAUUAGUGAUAAUGUGUGGGAUUAUUUUAGGGCCUUGGGAUGUAAAACAUGCAAAGAUGAAUGUAAUAAUUUUAGAAUUAAUAAUUUAUUUGAUAAAAUAGAAAAAACUAAUAAAAAUGCUUACAAUGUGUUUGUUUCUAUAUUAAACAAUGCUCAGAAUAAAUUUGAACUUAUUAAAAACUUUGUAAAGAAAUUUGAGUCCGAUAUAGAUUUCCAAUCCAAAAUUAGAGAUUUGUAUGGUAAAUUACCUCAGUCAAUUUUAGAUAUUGUUGGACAUAUUAAAUUUGAAAAAAGUUUAGAAAUGUUAUAUAAAUUACAAAUAAGUUCAAAUCCUUUAGAUUACUUUAAGGAUAAUUUUAUUGAAGAGCUAAAGACUGAACCCGAGGAUAUGUAUAAUGAAGCUUUAGAUGUGCUAUUUCAUAACGCUAUAAGUAAUAUUUCUACUAAAAAUAUUGAUACAUUUGAAAUACGACAGAUUAAAAAUUAUAAAAAGUUUCUUAUAGCUUUUAAUAAUAUUUUAUUGUGUCAAUGGGCGGAUGAUAAAAACGUUACUGAGAAUACAAUCUACAGCUUAUUUAGCUAUACUGAAAUUUUUACGACCAAAAUUCUUGAGUUUACUGCAGUAAACAUGUUAUGCCGUGUAAAAAAUGAAUUAGUUAUUAAAUUAUUACACGAAAUCUUAGAAGAUAAAAUUAAUUGUAGAAUUAUUAAGUUUAUUACUGAAUGUAAUUUUAAAUGUGAUUUAAAUAUAAAUUUUGAAUUACUUAUUGAAUCUUGUAAACUUAUUGAUGACUUUUAUUAUAUUAUUUAUCUUGUAGAACAACAGCUAUUUUCUAAUAAUGAAGAAUAUUUAUACAACACGCUUCAACAGGCUUUUUAUAAAAUUAAGGAUUAUGAAAGAGUGCAAGGUAUUAACUGUAUGUUUGUUAGACCUAGUAAGGCUAAUUUAUAUUACGAAUUUCGAAUUGAAAAAGAAAAUGAAAAAAUUGAUUUUGAUUUGUAUGAGCAGUUUAAAAUAAUAGAAGAUGAUUUUAGUGAGUGGAAGAAUAUUAAUAUGGAAGAUAAUCUUGGCCGACAUUUUGUCGUUGAUUGUGAGUUAGUUGAGAAUGAUAUACAUAAUCUUGAUAUUGUUACACGACGAAGACGAAUUUCUGCUGAUACAAGCUUGCUUAAAUUGCAUGAACUUAUGUAUUUCUCAUUGCUUAAACAAUUAAAAACUAAAAAUAGUGAUUUAAAUUCUGGUUGUAGUGAAAAUGAUGCUACAGAAAGUUCUAAGUUAGAACUUUUAAAUUCUUUUUAUUUUACAGUAAAAAGAGAUAUUAUUUCAUGUUUACUUACUGAUAAAAAGUAUGACAAGGCUGUCGAACAAGUUAUACCAUUAAUUGAAAAUAAAGAAUGGUCUUUUUAUCAUGAUUUAGGGGAAGUAUACAUAAAAGCAGGGAAUAAAUCUAAAGCUAAAGAGUGUUUUAAGAGAGUUUUAAAUAUCUUUAACAAAGAAGAUGCUAUGUAUCUUAAAUCUUUGGUUAAAUAUUUAGAACUUGUAAAUUCAAAAGACUUUUUUGCAAAGAAUAUAGAAUAUGUAAAAAAUAUAUCAAGAGUUUGGUUUUUAUAUGGGAAAUUAACAGAUCAAAUUGAAUUUUAUAUUAACUCUUUACUUAUUGAUGGAGAAUACAAGUAUGAAUGUGUUCCACGAGUUUUUCAUGCUCUUGGAGAUAUUAGUGAUAAAAGAAAAUUGAAUAAGGCAUUUAAAUUGGUAUUACAAUUUUUAGAACAAAAGCACUUAAAAUUACUUUUACUUCCAUUUUACAAUCAGAUUAUUUGUAAAAUCAAUAAUUCACUUUUAAAUGGAUUUAUUAACAAAAUUAUAGUGUCAUUAAUGCUUGAUUAUAAGGAAGUAUAUUGGUCUUCAAUAUAUUUUAUUAAUGAUAUUAAUACUGAUGGUCUUGAUAUAGAUAAUAAGCUUUACUUAUCAAAAAUAAAAAAAAUGAGAGAUAUUUUGUAUGAGAUUUCAACUACACAAAAGAUUACUGAUGUUAAAAAAGACUUUCCUGGAAUAUGUUUAUGUAUUGGCAUGCAUGUACCUAAUAAAUAUCCUGUAAUUAUACAAGAUAUAGAGGGCACAGUAUUGAUUUACAGAUCAUUACAAGCGCCAAAGAGAAUCUGUUUUUUAGGAGACGAUGGUAAGAAAUAUUAUUUUCUUUGUAAGUACAAAGAUGAUUUAAGAAAAGAUAGUAGAUUUGUUGAGGUUUGUAAGUUAAUAAACAAAUUAUUCAGUACGGGUAGCUGUACUAACACCAGCUACUAUAUAAGAACAUAUGAAGUAAUUCCAUGUUUUCACAAUUUUGGUUUAAUUGAAUAUAUAGAAGGUCUUAUUUCUAUAAAAAAUAUAGCAGUACAAUACUAUGAUAAUUUAAGUGUAGUAGCUAAGAAAUAUUCUGUUAAAAAGAAAAUAGGAUUAAAAGAUUUUAAAAAUGUUCUCAGUUUAUUUAGUCCGAUUUUAGAUAAAUAUAUUAGAAGUCAGACCACAGAUCCAUACCAUUGGUAUCAGGUAAGAAAUAAUUAUGUAUUGACAUGUGGAAUAAUGAACAUUGUAGGAUGGUUUAUGGGAUUAGGAGAUCGACAUACAGAAAAUAUCUUACUUGACUCUAAAUCUUUUGAUGUUGUUCAUGUAGAUUUAAAUUGUAUUUUUGAUAAAGGCAAAUCUUGUAGUAUUCCUGAGCUAGUUCCUUUUAGAUUGACACAAAAUAUUAUUAAUGGAUUUGGUGCAUUAGGGUUACAUGGGACAUAUAAUAAUACUUGUAUUUCUACUUUAGAUUUAUUACAAACAAAUAGAAGUAUUAUUAUUAGUAAUCUGCUAUCAUUUGUUUAUGAUCCUUUACAUGAAUGGAAUAAAAAAGAGGCAACAGGUAAAAAGAUUAUUGACAGUUUGAGUGAUAAAAUUCAGGACGGAGAUACUAUUAGUAAAAUAGAAGAUUUGAAUGAUGAAGCUAUGAAUCAAAAUAAUUUGUCUAAUAUGUAUAUUGGAUGGUUAAGUUUUAUUUAA